AUGUUACAGGAAAUGCAGUUCAGUUGUGUAGUAAUACAGCAUGCACAUUAUUAUGUGGUUUGCUUUGUACUCUUUCACCCUCAAGGCUUGAGUUAUAGAUUGAAACUAAUGACAAAUUUCUUUGAUGGUUCUACCAAUUAUUUUCCCUGAUGAAUCAUUUUUGUUUUGACAGGAAACUGAAUAAUGGCCAUCACCAUUUUUCCUGAGCCAAAGGUAGUGACUUAAAAUUGCUUUUUUUUUGUCCCCCAAAAAGGUCAAAACUCAAGAGAUUCAAUUUAUAAAGAAAUGAAUUAGAGUAUUUUUUGCUUCUCUUAAUUUUAACACACUAAAACCAGAAAAUGUUUGGUAUUUUUGCUUAGACAAGUGAUUUAAACGAUUCAUUAAUUAUGAAAAUAGUUAAGGUAAAUUCAAACUUUGUUAAUUCGACAGGCCAACACCUCUUUCAAGUGUAUGUGUGGAAAGACAAGCAAGUUGGUGUAAUGCUGGCACAAAAUACUAGCUACAGUACAUGUAUGUAAUGUAAGAAAUCAUUUUUUUUACCUUCUGCUAACCCUUUUUUGGAAAUCAGACUUGGUAGUUAGAUACUUUGUUGUAACAGUCCUUUUAAUUCUCAGACUGGGCUGAGUAGCUUGGUUUCAUACCUCCUGAAUGGCCAGACUGCGGUGUUUGUCACUGUCGGCAUGCAUGUGACAGCUGAUGUGCAGGAGAUGUGACAGAUGCUUCUGCAGAAACACUCUGAUCCCCUAAUCCUGACCCAAGCCUGAUGCAGCAUCUAACACACUGGUUCCCGAACCUCAAUAGCAAAGCAGUGUCGACUUGUAAUAGCUUUUAGAGUCCUAAAGAGGAUUUUUAAAAAUGUUUAGCUGAAAUGUUUUUCUUCUUGUUUUCCUGUCUUGUGAACCACCUCCCUGGUUGGGAAACACUAAUUAUCUUCAGGAUCUUCUAAGCUGUCCAACUACACUGUGACUCCAUAUUUUUCUCACAGUUGUUGCUUUAUCUGUAACACCACUGCAGCAUUUAUUUAUUUAUUUAUUUAUUUAUUUAUUUUGAGUCACUGUUUCCUCUAAACACCUCAGCUUUCGCUUAUAGUUUCCUUUAAAUCGGCUGUCCUCUGUCUAACCAGCAGGUGUCACUGUUGCGCCUCAUAACUUGAGCAAAGAGUAAAAAGUUGAUGGUAGAAAGAUACUGGAACAUGCACUGUUUGUAAGGGUAGUUACUAAACGUGCAGAGAGAUUAUUGAUGCAGUUUGACAGCUGUAAUUAUUCGUGAUAGAAUUAGGGAUUCCCGCUUCUCCCUCAGUUUGUCGGAAGUAGGAGCUGCAGCAGGAUAGCGGCAUGAUGCAACCAUGAUACAAAUCUAAAACAAAAUCUCUAGCUGUGGGGAAAAAACGGCUUUGACUAGCUUGGGUUUGUUCAUAAAUAAGUGGUGUUUGAUGGGAUGGAGGCUUAUUUAAAUAUUUGCAAAUUAUUAUUUUUUUGUGUGUGCAUGAAAUGACGCAGGGUAAAAACACAGAACGAUUACUUAAUGGAAAGUUGGGCUCAAGAUGCUUAAUAUUCAAAUUAGUGAACUAUUACGUUCAGCUUAACAAGGCUGCAGUGAGGUACCUGCUGUCCAGGGGGGAUUUCCCGUGACGUUACGUUGAGGGGAUUUCCACAGCCUUAACCAGCCAAUCAGAGCCAGGCUGCUGCGGAAACACAAAACUGAGGCGAAGAGCUCUUCUGACAUUAUUCGACACAUGGCUUCCCGUCGGUUUAACACCUUUUCACAGGUGAGCUGGUUUCUAGUCUGACGAGUCUUUAUUUGAGCUGUUUUAAAGAGAGAGAGACACGUUUUGACCCAGAAGAGAAGACUGAUACCUGAAAAUAUCCGGUUUGGAAAGAGUUCAAGGGCACCGCGGCGGAGUGUUGAGUCUUUUGAGGACUCCUCACAUGCGAUGAAAGACAUGGACAUCUUAAACGAGCGAGGGGUGUUAGACAUCGAUCUCAUUCAAGAAAUCAUCCGAGAGGACGGUGAGCAGUCGGGUGCCUCCCUCCCUGGACCUCCUUCUCCUCCUGCUAACCUCCGCUGCCAGAACCACAGGAGCCUCCGACAGAGCUCCUCGCCGCCAUCUCAGCCCGUGCUGGUGGCGAGAGGCACUGCAAAUCAGAUCAAUGUACCUCUUUGGGCCUCAAAGAGAUGUUUAGAGGGGAAAUGUCUCUCUGCUAACAACCCAUAGACAUCUGAAACAUGACAUGGUACCCCAUCUAGAUGCUGGGGUCACCAUCCAAAAAGCCAACCUGCAACUUCCUUCAGCCCCUGCAGCAGCCGUUCACUUCCAGAGAGAUGGCUCAUCCUUCCCGGGGAGCUGGUUCCUCUCGGCGAGGUCGAAGCUCCUCGUGUUUGCUGGCCUCAAGGAGCUGCGGCGGCAUUUCCUCUCAGAACCGGGGAGGUGACACCGAGAUGCUGGAGCGGAUUCUGGAGAAGCCCAAACUGGUGGUGGUGGAGGAGCCCAAAGAGAGAGGCAUGAGAUUUCGCUAUGAGUGUGAGGGACGCUCGGCUGGCAGCAUCUUGGGAACGUCCAGCACUGAAACCAGCAAGACUCAGCCUGCGAUAGAGAUUCAAGGUCCCAUUGAUAACUUAAAGAGGGUCACAGUCACCGCGUCCUUGGUGACCAAAGACCUCCCACACCGGCCUCACCCCCACUGCCUCGUGGGUAAAGACUGUCCAAAUGGUUCAGGAAUCUGCGUGGUCACGCUCAAUCCUCACAGCAGCCGACGUCACAGCUUUGCUAACCUUGGUAUCCAGUGUGUGAGGAGGAAAGAGCUGGACGUUUCACUUCAGAAGAGGAGAAGCCAAAAUAUCGACCCCUUUCAAACUGGUCACUCAAAGGGCAUUGAAGACAUGGACAUGAACGCUGUGCGUCUGUGUUUUCAGUGUGAGCUCGAAUGGGAGGACGGCAGAAAAGACUGUCUCAGCCCAGUGGUGUCCAACCCCAUCUAUGACAAGAAGGCCACGACUACAUCACAGCUGAAGAUCAGCUGUUUGAACCUGGACAGAGGUUCCUGCACCGGCAAGACUGAGAUCUACAUGUUGUGUGACAAAGUGCAGAAAGAUGACAUAGAGAUCAUCUUCAGGCGAGGGUCGUGGAAGGCGAGGGGGGAGUUUGCCCAGACAGACGUGCACCGGCAGAUCGCCAUUGUUUUUAAGACUCCACCCUACCAGGACCAGAACAUCACAGAGGAGGUUGAAGUCAGCGUCGCUCUGCGUCGCCUCUCAGACCAGAUGGAGAGCGAGCCUGUUACCUUCACGUACCUGCCACACAACCCAGAUCCAUAUGAGGUGAAGCGGAAGAUAAAGAUAAAGUCAGACAUCAGCUUCAGAGAGAAACCUUGUGUGACAGCAGAAAGUGCACCUGCAGCAGAGCAGCCCCUCCACUUCCCGCAGCCUCUAAACAUGAUGUCUCCAGAUGAGAGGCUUUGUCCUGCCCAGCCUGUGGUUUCUGCUUUAGAGGAAAUGUGUUACGAGCCCCAGGACUCCAGCAAUGGCAACGAUGCGACGGCCAUCCUUAAUCAAUUGCUAGAAAUGCCUGCAUUAUGGGAAAUGAUUGAGCCGUCCAUGCUCUCUGGCUUUGAGCAGGGGCCCAACGCCAAUUCUACGUUUGCCAACACGGAUAUGAACUUUAACCAGAACUUUGGCUCGUACGCUCAAGACUUUUCCCAUUACAGCGACUUGCAGUUCAACAUGCUCGUCAAUGAGAGCCAGACUCCGCAGUCAGAGGUUCAGGAAGGCCCCUCUGACAUGGUUCAGGUGAAGACAGAAGAGGAGCUAUGAGGACGGGAUAGUUAUGAUCAUGUAGCACUCUUACACACCCUCUCUGUCCACUUUAAAAGCACUUAGACAUUUUGGGAAAUUCGCUUAUACAGUUAGAUGAGAAGACUGAUACCUCUCAUAUGUCUGCAUGGUAAAUAUGAAGCUGGAGCCAGCAGCUGCUUAGCUUAGCACAAAGACUGGAAGCAGAUAGCCUGGCUCUGUUCAGUGGUGACAAAAUCCUCCUACCAGGUGAUUUCUUGUCCCGGUGCAGUGACAUCCUGGAGUCCUGAUGUCAUUUUGAGACUCCAGGAAGUCAAGAAAUAGCCAGCACAUAACCCCCCAGAAAACCAUAACUUGGCAAUUUUUACAUUUUGGUUUUUGUACAAUGAAACAAACACGAUAUAAUGUGUUAAUUAGUGAGCUUUAGAGGUGCUGGUAGCCAGAUUUUGUUACCUUUGGACAGAGCCAGGCUAGCUGUUUCCGGUAUUUGUGCUAAGCUAACUAGCUGGUAGCUUCAGCUUCAUAUUUGGCAAGAAAGCAAAUAAGUGUAUGUCCCAAAAUGUUGAACGUUUCUCGUAACCCUUCUGUAUUUAGACCCAAACAAGAUUAUGCUGUCCCAAAUAUCCAAGAUGAAGCAAAACGCCUCCUUUGCUCCACCUGCUUACACUGUGUAAGGUGUUUGUAGACUCAUUUGGUUUCACAACUCAGCAGCACUGUUGCCCCCUCACUAACUCCAUAUCUUUGUCUGAAUGCCUUGCUGGUCAAGGCUUUAGCAACCAGGAGCAGGUUAACAUUCCUACAUAUUUUCCCAUACAUGCUGCUAGCAUCAGUCUUCAGGCUUAAGGUCAGAGGAAGGUGAUUCAGCGUGGAGCUUAAAAAGAGAACUGUUGAAUAUAUUUAACUUGAACAGUAGAAACCCGUCCAUAAAUUGCAUAGAAAGUAAAUUGUUGAUGAGGUAAGACUGAAUACCUGUCAUGUAAUGUUUGUGUAAGGUCUGUUUUUGUUUGCUUCAGUGUAAUUUUGUGGUUAACGACCUGAUUUCCUACUAGAAGUUGUCAGCGUUGUGAAAGGAUUUUAGUUUUAAAACACAAAAAGUCUCAAGUAGAAUAGUUUUAGAUCUGUUAUUUACAUUGUUAUUGUCUGUCAUUGCUCUGUUUGAUGCGACCGGCUGGCUUGUUUAAUAUUUAAUCGACUUAAAUGCAAUAGAAACAGUCCUCGUAUUCAUUGCUGUCUGUGUCAGUUCCCUUUGUUCUGUAGUUUCACUCUCGUGUUAAGCAUUCAAAUUUCCACUCGCUGCUUGUCACGAGUCCAACUCCACCCCCUCACUGUAGUGUCAAUAUUUCAGAAAAGACAAAAUAAAAUGUCAGUCUGUGUUA